AUGGAUAUUAUUAAUAUGGAUGAAGGUGUCUAUGAGCCAAGAGAGAGUUUGCCUGGCAGCAGUGUGGAAAGUGCCUCAAGUAGCAUCUUUGAAAGCUACGACACCAGCGAACAGACAACAGACACAGAGAGGCAAUCUGAUGAUGAAGACCUGAAGGAAGAUUUACAAAAAAAUAUACCGGAAUGCUAUAAGUCUGAUUUAAAUUUUACAUCACAAAAUAUCACAGAGGAUGAUGAAUUUCAAGCUACGGCUCUUUGCCAGUUUAUGGAUAUCUUAAAUGAUUUAGAUGAAGUUUUAGAUAAGUCACUACUUGCUUGUCUAGACGAUACAAAGAGGUUUGACAGCGACGAAGAGGAUCUCAUAUGUAAAAUUAAGGAAUAUAUCGAAGAUAGAGAAAGCUCAGAAUCUUUAGAUGACACGGAAGUUAUAUGUUCUGCAGAAAGCUCAAAUCAAAUACCUAUAGAUCAGAUACCUCAAUCAUCUAUAGGUAGAUCGAAAAGCUUUUCUGAUAUAACAGAAACGGUAAUGCCAGUAUUGCAGAGUGCUAGUACAAAUACAUUACGUAAUUCUAUGCGACGGUUAGACCCCAUAGUCUUACCAGCCAUAUCGCAGCAAUCGGAACCAUUGACUCUACCAGUUAUAUUGUUUUUGGAACAUCAUGUCUUAAGGCCGACUAGUGCACCGAUUCAGUUACAAGUGACAGCCGCAAAUUUAAGUCAGGACAGUGCAUCUGGGCCGCUUAUUGUGGGUCGAAGGACCCUGUUGAUGAACCGCACACUGUCAUUACCUUCCCCUGGUGAAAGUGAGAUUACAGCAGAGUGGAGUAGAAAUACAAACCGUAAUACAGCUCGGAGUGGUAGUGUGUCUAGUUCCUCGACUGAAUCCUCUAAUGGUGUGCCUCCUAUCAAUCAAAGCCCGUUUAUUGGGACGGAUGACAGACACGACGACCACGACGAUGCACCUUUGGGAGUCUGGCCCCAUCGAAUGAGCGCUAUGCUAGCGUGUCUCAGUUGCACAGUUGGGAUUUUCAAUAUAUCAAGAUUCGCCAUGUUUAGCGUUCAUUUUGGAGCAAGCUUCAUUGUACAAUUUCUAAUUCUAUCACUGGUUAUUGGCAUACCGUUAUUCACUCUACACCUAUGCUUGGGCCAAGUAUUGGAAUCCGGGCCGAUAGACAUGUGGAGGAUAUCGCCAAUAUUUCAAGGGGUCGGCAUAUCUUUGCUGCUCACUCAGGCAGUUAUUGGCAUAUACAGUAUCGUUGGGUUGUCCUGGAUAUUCGUGUACUUUAGAGAUUCCUUUAUAAACGCCGAUGACAAAUACAAAUGGGCCUUACCACGCGAUUUUAGUUUUGACGAUCCAGCACACAUAAACAUGACGAACAAAGUACACGAAACGAUUCCUCAGUAUUUCCACGGCGAGGUGCUGCAGCGUACUUCGAACAGCAGUAGCUUUGGCACGCUAAAGUUCCAAGUGGCUUUAUACGUUACUGUCAUAUGGAUGAUCGUGUUUGUCUCGCUCAGUAAGGGAUUGCGUUCGUACGGAAAGGCGGUGUACGUGUUUAUAUUCCUGCCGAUUUGCGGUACCCUGGUACUAUGCACCAAACUACUAACCCUGAUUCCCUACGACUCCGUUACCAAUAUUUUCGCGGAAACGGAAUGGAGUGAAUUCUUCCUCAUUAACCAUAGUUGGGCGGCGGCUGUUCAAGAAACGUUUCUGACGUGGGGUCUCCUAGGCGCUUGCGUUAUGCAAUUGACCUCGCACAAAGACCCAAAGCACAAGAACACAUCUAUGCUGCAGCGUGAUAGCGCAUGUGUUGUCGCCUUUACGAUAGCGGUGUUGCUAUUGGCUUCAUUUCUCGCAAACACCUGCAUGCAAGUGUUGAAAAGUCACGGAUACGUUUAUAUUCCUGGCAGUUUUGAGACGAUAAAAUCAUCACAGUUCAUCUGGCCGACUUCGGAACCGCUGCCUGGCAACGCAGCAUCAGCUCCCGUUCGAUAUAUGGGCCAAUAUGGAAGCCUCGUGGGAGUGACCGUGUGGCGCCAAGGAAACCUCGCCAAAACAUUCAGCGGGUGGCAACCACUGCAGCUAGCUACUGAGAUCGUGCCAGCCACUUUGGCAGUGUUGCCAGCUAAUUUGAUGUCACCCGCAUGGGCCGUGAUAUUCUACUUCAUCCUGAUAAUGUUCGGUCUGGCGCAGCAGCUAGCCAUCUGGCACUGCGUGGUCGCUGGUCUGAUGGCCAUCAACCGGGACGCCUUGAGGGUCUGGGAGACCAGUAUCACCUUCUUUAGUUGUGUCUUUGGACUUGCUAUGGGAUUGCUUUUAUGUACCGAUGCUGGAAUUCGUAUAAUCCACUUCAUCGAUUACGUGUGGGUCGGUGCUUGGUGGCAAUGCGUCCUGCAAGUGUCUCUCGCGAUCGGCGUGUUCGUGGUACGAGGGCGACCGUACUCCGCAGAUAUCGUGGUAGCGGCUCUCUACAAGCCCACAUCACGGAUCUCGGCGGUGUUAAGUUUUGUUUGGACUGUCAUUUUGCCUGUUUCACUUACGGCACUGUGCGUAAUGGAUUUCCGCGUCGGGCAACACCGGCAACUGUAUAGCUGGCGCAAAGCUGCAGCCUACUGGCCAAUAUGGUGUCAUCAAACAGCUGUUCUGCUGCAGCAAAGUGCGUUGCUGCUAGUGCCAGCGGUAGCCGUGCUGCAAACCUGGAGAUAUAUGAACAAGGGACCGUCGGAUAUAUUGGAGCGUGUUCAAAAUCUAUACCGACCGCGUAUGGGUUCGCCGCACGAGUGGCGUCCCCCAGGCGAAGCAGCGGCCCCCGCUGCCCCCCAAAGAGCACCACCCCCCGACCCACCGCCAAAAUAUACACCGCCCCCAUCAUAUUCUACAGCGACUGGUGCAAGAUUACUCAAUACUAUCCGAAGAAGUUUCAGGACUUUAAGAAGAAUGACAACGCAUCGUACAGAAAAUUCAGAAGAGACAGCGCAACUGCCGAUCACACUGAGCGAAACGGUCGACCGGAAUACAAACACACCCACUCUCGCUCAAACCCCACCCACACACACACACGCGCUAACAUUGGACGAAACGGACGGACACAGGCCGUCCUCUUCGCACUCGUUAAACAUAACUAGGGAUCUAUUGAGGCGGUCCUUUAUGAAGACUGACUCGAGGAAUCUAAGAUCGAGUCUCAGGCGUAGUUUUAAGUACGGUAUUAAUAGUAGUACGUUGACAACGAGCCACGAACAUUUGGUUCACGAUGUGGAACCGAUAUCCAAUACUGUCGCGAUGUCCGCCAUGUUGGGAGAACAGGAAGCUACGCAUAAUCGAAGUAUCGCAUCUGUGAUAUAG